GUUAUAUCUAUAAAUUUAAUUUAGAAAAUGAUAAAUGGGUAGAUGAUCCAGCUUCAAAGGUGUAUGACUAUAAAUUGAUUGCUGCAAGAUUAAAGCUAUUAAGAGAUGCACGUAAAGCAAAUGACAUUGAUAAUAUGACCUUUUUAUUAAGGACUGGCUUAUUAAGAAAUUUUGGUGGUAUUUCUGAUAGAAAGUUAUUUUCUCAUUCAUAUUUAGGAACAAAGCGAUUAAUUGAAGAAUAUAUGGAUGAAGUCGUUCAACAUAUUGAAACUAUUGAAGCAACCCCUAAUUUUGAUGCACAAGCCAAAAUGAAGUUCUUUAGUGAUGCUCGUCAAAGUUUUGGAUGUUCUGCUUUAGUCCUUCAGGGCGGUACAGCUUUGGCAUUGUAUCAUAUUGGUGUGGUAAAAGCUUUAAAUGAGCAGAAUCUUUUACCUCGUAUUAUCAGUGGCACUGCUAUUGGUGCCAUGAUUGCUGCUUUAAUAUGUAUACAUACAGAUGAGGAACUGCCACAUAUAUUACAACCUGAUGGCAUAAAUCUUACUGCAUUUUCAAAAAAGGGACAAACUGGACAUUUCAAGAGACGAAUAACACGAUUUAUGAAAUACGGAUAUUUGAUGGAUAUGAAAGUGUUGCAAGAAUGUGUAAGGUCCAAUGUCGGUGAAUUGACAUUCGAGGAAGCUUUUGCUAGAUCUAAGCGAGUUCUUAAUAUUAGUGUAUCAUCGAGUCGUACGCAGGAAGUACCUCAAUUGUUAAAUUAUUUAACAGCUCCUAAUGUAUUGAUUUGGAGUGCAGCUUGUUGUUCUACAGCCUCAGUUGGAUUAUUUGGAAACUGUGACCUAAUGGCAAAAGAUAAAAACGGCAAAGUUGUUAAAUGGAUUCCUUCAGAUGUUAAAUGGAAUCAUUGGUCAGAGACUUCACCUGCAGAAAGUGAAGCACCUCUCUAUCGUCUUUCUGAACUCUUUAAUGUGAGCCAUUUUAUUGUAUCUCAAGCUAGUAUUUAUGCAAUUCCUUUUAUUUCAAAACCACAAAGUUUACAACAUGAAACUUAUUUUCAUAAAUUGGCCUAUAUUGUUGCCUCGGAAUUCAAGCAUCGACUUUCUCAGUUUGAUCAACUUCAUCUUUUGCCUCGAGUCUUUCGUUGUUUAAUAGAAGAAAAAACAUCUGGCAACGUAAAUAUUUUACCUGACCUUGCAUUAUCUGAUUUUAAUAUCUUAUUUUCGAAUCCUUCUUAUCAAUCGUUGGCUUAUUGGAUUCUACAUGGUGAAAGAUCAGUUUGGCCGUUAAUGGCUUUUAUUCGGACAAGAUGUAUGAUUGAAUUGGCUCUUGAUCGAGCUGUCUUGAGGUUAAAGGCAAUGAAUAUUGAGAGUGAACCUGUUGUUGUUCGUAACAGAUAUGUCGAAAACAAAAAGAGAACUAGGUCAAUGCAUUAAUGAUGGUUUGAAUGAAUCCCAUCUUCAUCGGGCUCUUCAUAACUGCUAAUUAAACUCUUGGUGCUAUUAUGUUCAUUUAUAUUUAAAGCUCUUUUUUUCCAAAAGUGAAUACGUUUUAUAAGUCCUUGAUAUAAUCUUUUAGGUUUUAAAUCAGCUAUUAAUAACAUAUAAAUACAUACAUAUAUAUAUAUAUAUAUAAAGUCAGUUAGACCGAAAAAAUAAAAUAAAAU